AAGGAGCGUGGAAUGAAGGAGGGAAGGGGCCAAGUAUAUGGGACACCUUCACCCAUAACAACAAAGAUAAAAUUCGAGACAAAAGCACCGGAGACAUUGCAACUGACUCAUACCACAGAUUCAAAGAAGAUGUUAAAAUAAUGAAGGAUAUAGGCAUGGAUUCAUACCGAUUCUCCAUUUCUUGGUCAAGGAUAUUGCCAAAGGGCAAAUUAAAAGAUGGAGUAAACCCAGAAGGAAUCAAAUACUACAAUGAUCUCAUCAACGAGUUAAUAAAAAAUGGAAUAAAGCCCUUUGUCACCCUAUUUCAUUGGGAUGUACCACAAGCAUUAGAGGAUGCAUAUCAAGGCUUCUUGAGUAUUGAGAUUGUGAACGACUUCAAGGAUUUUGCAAACAUAUGCUUUGAAAAAUUUGGAGACCGAGUUAAAUACUGGAUCACUUUAAAUGAGCCAUGGAGUUUUAGUAGUUUGGGAUAUUCUCUUGGAGAGCAAGCACCUGGGAGAAGCUCUUUAGGAUCUUCAGAGGGUGACUCCAUGAAGGAACCAUAUAUUGUUGCUCACCACCUUAUUCUUUCUCAUGCAACAGCUGCUAGGCUCUACAAAAACCAAUUUCAAGCUGAACAACAAGGUGAAGUAGGAAUUACCCUUGUAAGUAUGUGGUUUGAGCCAUAUUCAAAAUUGUAUCAAGACAAAGAGGCUGCAAAUAGAGCCAUUGAGUUCAUGCUUGGAUGGUACAUGGAUCCAUUAGUCUAUGGAGAUUAUCCAUUCAACAUGAGAGCAUUGGUCGGGGAGAGGCUUCCUUUCUUUACAAGCGAGCAGUCAGAGAUGAUUAAAGAAUCCUAUGAUUUUAUUGGAAUUAACUAUUAUACUUCUAGAUAUGCAAAAAGUGUUUCAAUCUCACAGAACUAUUCACCUACUAUUAGCAUUAAUGACUCAUAUGCCGAGCAAUUUGUUAUGUCAAUUGAUUCCACUUGUCCAAUAAUUAUACUUUUUUUUAUUGCAGAAACAAAAGAUGAUGGUGUUCCUAUUGGACAAUUGGAUGGUACAUGGAUAUAUGUCUACCCUCAUGGAAUAAAAAAUCUUUUAUUAUAUACAAAGAGGAGAUAUAAAGACCCAAAAAUAUACAUCACUGAAAAUGGUACUUGUGAACCAGACAAUUCAAUUCUAACAUUGAAACAAGCACGUGAUGAUCCACAUAGAAUCAAUUACCUCUCCGUCCAUCUUGCUCAAAUUCGUGAAGCCAUACAAGAGGGAGUCCUUGUGAAAGGAUACUUUGCUUGGUCUCUUACGGACAAUUUUGAAUGGGACAAAGGCUACACCCAACGAUUUGGGCUAACAUAUAUCGAUUAUGAUGAUGACCUCCAGCGCUAUCCAAAAAAGUCUGCCGAAUGGUUCACUAGGUUUCUUUAUUCCUAAACUGCGUCUCAUUAAAACCGUCCAGCUUCUAUGGGCUGGCUCUAGUUGGGUUUCUUUCUACAAUUGGUUCAUGUUUCAGUGAAGAUUAACUUCCCGUAUUAGUGGUGUGCUGAAA